ACCAGUGAGAGCCGAGUUCACUUUGUGGUCCUGAGGCCUCGAGGCAGCCCAACCAUGGAGAUGGAGACAGAUUCCGGCAGCUCAAGGCCCAGCAGAAGCAGUGGCAGCAAUGGCACCAGCAACCACAUCAGCCUCAGCCAUGGGAACAGCCCUACCCCUCAGUGGAAGCCAGAGCUGGGCUACUACCCAAGGCCUCUGGCUUUCUACAAGGAUCCCCCUGCCGGCUUCCUGAGCCAGGAGCGGACAAUCACCAUAAGGAAAGAUGUGAAAGAAUCCCUGGGCAUCACGAUUGGGGGUGGCCGGGAAGGCAAACACAGCGUGCCCAUCUAUGUGACCAGUGUGCAGCCCGUGGGCUGUCUUUGCCGGGACAGCCGCAUUCAGAGAGGUAUCAUCCUCCUAAGUAUCAACGGCAUCGACUUGACAUCCCUCUCCUAUCAAGAGGCAGUGGCCGUCCUAAAGUCACAGGCAGCCUCGACCAUCAUUGUCCUGAAAGCCUUGGACAUCCUGGUGCCGGCUAUGAGCUUGGAGCCUUGGGCAGGCGUUCGAGAGUCGCCCAUGGAGUACGGCCAGAGUUGGUCUCCCCUCUGGCUGGCUUGGCUGGGGCUCCCCAGUGCCCUCCAUUUAUGCCAAGAUGUUGUGCUGCAUAAGGACACGGAGGAGAGCUGGGGCUUUAGCAUCGUGGGGGGCUUCGAGGCCUCCAAAGGCAACCAGCCCUUCUUUAUCAAGACCAUCGUGCCUGGCACCCCAGCCUUCCGGGAUCGAAGACUGAAAUGUGGUGACGAGAUCGUGGCCGUCAACGGGACUCCUGCCACUGGCAUGAGCAAUGGCCAGCUGAUCCCCAUGCUGAAGGAGCUGCGGAACCGGGUGGCCCUGACGGUGGUGUCCUGGCCCGGCAGCCUGGUGUAGGUGCUUCCCCUGCCCGAGUUGCUUACGGAUUCUGCCCUCUGACAGACUCUUCCCUCGUGUAGCAGCACUCCCUUGUGAUCCCGCCCAUCCCGCUGUCUUUCGAAGACUCUUAACGGGGACCUUGCCAGGGUUCCUAACCUGCCCAAGGACUCAUCCGCUCUCUCCCACUGCCUUUCCUGGCACCUCCCCCCGCCCUCUGAGGACUCUCAGGGGUUCCCAGUUGACCAAACCUGGGCACAGGGUUCGGCUUGGCAUCUUGGCAAGACUGGACCAGCUUGUCCUUGCACGCUGAGCAGCUUCGAGGCCGGGAGAACAAGGUCAUCUUGACAGAUUUGAAGAGGGUGCUGUCCGUAAGAGGGUCAGGGUGCAGACAGAAAUCCCUUCUUCCUUCCCUCCCUCCCUUCC